AUGGCGUACUGCUUGCAAUCAGUCUAUCAUGCCGGACUACACCAUCGUCUCCUGGGCAUCAGUACAGAGUUAGUCGAGGCGCAAGGGUCUUUUUCCGACAAGCAGCAGAGCCCCAUUGUAGCUUUGUUUGCUUCCUACUUUCAGAAAGCCUUAGCGACAAACAGUCAAUAUCUCCUAUAUGCGGAACCAUCUGUGUCGGACGUGCAACGCCAUAUUCUAAUGGUUUUGUUUCUGCUGAAUUCUGGAGAGGUCUUGACCGCAUAUAACAUCACGGGGGCGGCUGUUCGACUGGCGCAGUCGCUCGACCUGCAGAAGCCACCGGCGCCUCACGUUAGUGCGAAAGAGGCGGAGAUCCGUGGUCGCGUGUGGUGGAUGUUAGUUCAUCUCGACUUUCGAUGCUCGAGAUACCUAGGUAAACCCAUGGUUGUCUCCCUAAGAGACACUACACUUACCAUGCCGAAUUAUAAUCCAUCCACUGACCCGGCCUUGUCGGAGCUGGUCUUUCACUCAGCGACUAUCACGCUAACAGUGGUUACCAAAAAGAUUGCCGAAUCCUUGGCGGCUCGCCACGAUACAGUGGGUGCGAACGAUUCCAUCACACGAAUUGAACUGUCUGCGGAGCAUCUCACUCACGAAAUUACUCGAUUGUAUGAAUGGAGAGACCAUAUCGUGAAGGUGGAGCCAUUCAAAACCUUGGUGCUUGUCGGUAGCGCCAAUCAACUUCUGACGCACGCAGCCGGAGAAGGAUUGAAACGCGAUGACGAUGCAUGGAUGUAUCAUCAAUCACCCACUCGCGCCUUGCAGCAAACACUUCUCGAACUUCAAUUCCAUGAUCUUGUUAUUUGGUUUCAUCGCCCAUUCAUACAGUUUCCCAGUCGUGGUCUGGUCCCUCAACGCAGCCCAAGAGCGGAUGUCCAUGCGACAACAGCUCUUCAACACGCUUUGAAGGUUAUAGAGACUGUCCACCGGCGCAUGCUCAAUCAUGAUGCUCUUUAUGGAUGCUCAGAUGUGUAUCAAUACGUCUGGAACGCAGUCCUGACUCUUGUAGGCUUUUUAUUGGCCUAUCCUUUGUGCUACUGGUUCCCCGUUGCCCGACAACAUGUCGAGCUAUCCUUUCAGGUUUUCGACACAGCAAAGACCUCAAACCCUAUUGCGUCGCGGGCUGUCCAUCUGACUCGUUAUCUCCUAGGCCGAGUCGAUGUUCUCAUGGAAGUACUCAAUGCGCAAACUUCUGCAUCCCAUCCGCAUGCCCUUCCGCCUGCUGGUGAGCAAGUCACGGAACAUUGGGAUCGAGUGGACUUGGAACAGUCCUCCGGUCCUUUCUUGCUUAGUCCGGGGACAGAUGCUUUAUGGUCCUGGGCUGACACGGUAGACCCUAAAGCUUGGUCGGGUUACUGUCAUGGAAUUGAUGAUAUGCUAAUAGAUCUCCCUGAGAUUCCCCCGGGAAUGGAUCAUUUUCCUCGGUAA